CGAUAUGAUAUACUUGUGUAACUGCAUAUUACUCGACUAUACAAUUGUACCAGAUGAACAUGGGAAAAAAUCUUUUUGCAUUGUUGAUUGCUUUAACAGUCUUAGCCACAGGAUUGACCUCAAAAACAAAAUAUCGACCUUGUAUGAAAAUUUGCAAAAAGUUAAACCUUGGAAGGUGUUUUAGAGUAUGCAGGAUAGUAAAAGAUUGUACAAUUUGGAAGUCCUGUUGGGAAAACUGCACAUCCUCUGCUGCUUCUAUUACUGCUGCAGUCCUCAAAGGAUGUCUUCAUGAGUGUAAAGUGAAAUUUGUCAAAAUAGUGAACAACGUGUCGUCGAGUGCAGAAGGUCCUGUAUUUACCAUGGAUGGAAAUUUUUACAUGGUGUCAUAUAAAGGAGGUGAAAUACUCGAAAUUAAUUUGACAAAUCAUCAGUCAUCUCUAUUGGUUGGCUAUAAAGGGAGGCCUACAGGAUCUCAAUGUGACCACGACAAUAACAUAUGGGUGGCAGACAUGAGGUUAGGCUUACUGAAAGUGUUCCAAAAUGGCACUUUCCACCAGAUAGCAACCAAGGACAACAAUAAUGAUACCUUACAAGGAUUUAACGAUCUUAUAUUUGACUAUCACGGCAACUUAUGGUUAACAGCCCCGGCUGGUCUCAUUGCACCCCAUCCUUUCGAAAGUUCAAAAAAGGAACCAUUUGGAAGUGUGUACUGCUACAAAAUGACUGGCGAACUCACAAAGGUUUCCACUGGUUAUGUUUUCCCAAAUGGUAUAGCAGUACAACAUGAUAAAGAUGGCACCCCGAUGAAACUGAUUUUUGGAGUCGAUAGAAAUGCAACUCUCUGGAGCUUCGAUAUCGUUGGCCAUUGUCAGAUUGAAAACAAGACAGUUUGGGGAUCUCUUCCAGUCAAUAGUAGUCCAGACGGAAUGGAUUUUGAUGAAGAAGGAGACCUUAUAGUUGCAAAUUAUAACACUGGUCAUCUGUAUGUCUUCGGUCCUAAUGGAGGUUCCCCAAUACUUAAAAUAAAGUGCCCUUUUGUGUACGCUACCAACAUUCACUUCAAGCCUAACUCAAAAGAGCUCUACAUCACUGAAAGCGAGUCCAAUAGUUUGUGGAAGAUUCAGUGGAAGAGCAAGGGAAUGAAGCAAUAUUGUGAAACACCCGAGUUAAGGGGAAGAUACGGUCGUGGUGGUGGAUAAUG